GGUCGGGCCGCUCUCCCCGGGGCCUCGCGCUCUCGGGGGAGGGGGAGGAGGCGGCGGCAGGCGGAGACGGAGGAGGAGGAAGCAGGAAGCGUCGGGGAGCUCGCCAAAACCAGGAAGCGGCGGCCCGGGCAGGCCUUCCGAAGGGCUGCGAGGGACCCUCGACGGCCGCGCGAUGGAGAGCAGCGGCAGAAAUGGCCCCGGGACGGGCAGCGACCAGGUGAAGAACCUGCAGACCCAGGUCGAGGGUGUCAAGAACAUCAUGACGCAGAACGUGGAGCGGAUCCUGGCGCGGGGUGAAAAUCUGGAGCACCUGCGUAACAAGACAGAGGACCUGGAGGCAACGUCGGAGCACUUCAAGACCACGUCGCAGAAAGUGGCACGGAAGUACUGGUGGAAGAACAUCAAGAUGAUCGCCAUCAUCUGCGUCAUCGUGGCCAUCAUCCUCGUCCUGAUCAUCCUCUUUGCCACCGGCGUCAUCCCGACCUAGGCACUCUUCCGCCACCCGCCCCUUGCCCGCCCCGUCUCCCACGCCCCGUCUCGUUCCUCCAGUAGCUGAAACCAGUAGCUGAGCCGCAGGACUCUGGGCGGUGGGAGGCAGCCUCUCUGCACCCUCAGGGUGGCUGCUCACCCCGUCUGUGGGGCGCCGGCUGGAUGAUCCGCCCCCCAUGCCCUGCUCUGCCCCCCACCCCCGGCCUAGGCAAUAAAUCCGUGCUACUCCACCUUGGCAGCCUCUGCUCUGGUUUUCCACGUGUGCCCUCGUCCACGCCAGGCAGCGACGCGUCACCCAGUCCGUGUGGCAGUUCUGGCUCCGGAGGAGCCCCCACCGCUGCUUCAGACGCCGGUCCAGCGUCCCCCCGCCUCGCCCACGGCUUCCGGGGUCGGCAGCAGCCUUGGCCAACAGGCCCAGCAAGAACCUCAGCCAGCGAGGCCGGCGGGGCUCUGCCCCCCCCCCCCCCCGCGAGGGCCGGGUGUCGCUUUGCUCUCCUAAGGAGAGGGGGGGCCCUCCUGGGAUGCCCUUCAAACUUGGGCGCUGCAGUUGCUUGCGGCCGUUGCAGCGAGGGGGUGCACGGGAGGGCUUUGAGGGAAGGUUUUUUCCGGAGCGAUCUGCACCUCUGUGCCUGCCACGCUGUGCGCAUGGCACUACGGGCCCCGGUCGCAGGAAAUGGGAGGAGGCUGCAGAGGGAGCUGAGCCCCGCCACCCCCAGCCACACCAGCCCAUGCGGCCCCCCGAUCAGCCUCCCCGUGCUCCAGGCCACUGCUUUCCCCCGCCCAGCCAGUUCUUCCCAUCUUGGGGUGGGGGGGCUUUUUUCCUUCACACCCAGGUUUUCUAAAUGUAAUAAAUGUAAUUUAUAAGUCAUCA